AUGGUGUCGACGGGCGGAGGCAUCGCCAUCGCCGUCGUCGUGCUGCUCCUCGCCGCAGCCGUCGGAUGGAUCGUCUUUACGCAGCUGCGCGCCCGCAAGCUCGGCCUCCCCCCGCCGAGCCUAUCCUCCUACCUGCCCUGGAAGAAACAGGACAACCCGUACGGCCCGCCACGGCCGGCGCCUGGCGGCGUCGUCGGCUGGUUCAACGACCAGGUGCGCAAGUUUAAGAACCGCAACAACCGCUCCGCCGCGGGCGCCUACGAGCAGCCGUCACACGGCGGAGGAGCCGCUCCCCGCGGACGUCGCGGCUUCGGCCCGCUGGAUCCGGACGAGGCGUGGGACGCGCGCGUCGGUCAUGAAGCCGACGGCUACGGCUACUACGAAGAGCAGGAGCUCAGCGGUGGCCCGGCGGCAGCGGGUCGACGCGGCUCGACUGAGUACCACGGAGGCAGCUACAGCAUGAACCUGGCCGCGACGCCGGGUGCCGAGUACGACGAGGAGGCGGCGCGCGGCCGCGCACCGACGAGGAGCCCCGGGGCGGCGCCGGCGGGCCAGCGCAAUCCCAACCCCUUCGACGAUGACGCCGCCGCGGCAGAGAGCCUGCGCGGGGUGAGCCCCCGGCCAAUUGUCGAGACGACGGACGCGCAGGCAAAGGCGCACCAGGCCAAGGAUGACCCGGACAGCGCCAACAGCCCUACCGAGCGGCGGUCCAUGUUCCGAGAGAACGUAUGA